AGUGGCGCAAGUACAAGAUAUUUCGAAAAGGGAGAGAAGGUACUCUGCUACGAGCCAGAUCCAACAAAGGCAAAAGUGUUAUACGACUCAAAGAUUUUAGGUUGGAGCAGUUCAUGGGAUCGUAAAGUGAAUGCCGAUUUUGUGUUGAAGGAUACAGAGGAGAACCGGCAACUUCAGCGAGAUUUGGCUGAAAAAGCACAGUUGCAGAUUAAUGCUUUUCUGUAUCGGAAGGAGCGUACCGUCAGCAAGAAAAAACAAAAUAAAUCACUGCUGUCAACAGACGAUGCGACCGCUGCAGGGGGCAACGCAAACUCUGACCUACGCUCGUCUCCAAAGUCUCGAACCCGCGGAUCUUCAGAAGAUAAUUUUAGUUCAAGCAGCACUUUUGAAAGACAAGAAGAUUUCCCAAUGAAGGACGAAUGCGAGACCGAGUCAUGUUGCAGUUCUGUGGAAAGUUUUCCGGAUGAAGAACGCGUUUUGCUACGUAUUAGCGAACGCCUGCGUCAGUACUUAGAGUACGAUCAUGAUAUGAUCACAAAAUAUUGUAAGCAACAUGCGUUGCCUGCACGUAUUCCAGUUGUGGCAAUAUUAGAGAAUUUCGUAAAGCAUAGUGUUGUUAAAAUGGUUUUCUCAACAACGCAAGUUGAGAGUACAAGACGGCGAUCAACACAGCAACGAACAAAUAAAAAAGAACACGAAUUCGAUAAACUAGUAGCUACUGCUAGUUUACUAAAGGAAGUCGCCGAUGGUUUACGCAUUUACUUUGACUUUACCAUAGCCGAUUAUUUACUAUAUAAAGAGGAAAAAGAAUAUGCUCUAUGGCAUUUAAGUGAAGAUAAUCUCAAGAAUUUUACAUAUGUUGCAUUGCCUGGACUGUCUCCGGAUUUUCUAAAUCCUAACAAAAAUGAGGGGGAUACAGCACAAUUUCCGGGUGGUGAUAGUUGCACAGAAACACAAUUAAUGGAGGCUGCAUCAACGACUCCCGCUCCAACGGAUGAGCCGCAAAAACGUAAAUCACGUCUUCACCGUAGUGAUGACUGUGACAUGAUAUUAGAAAAUUGCUUAGAAAAUUGUUUUUCAAGUAUAGCCAGUACCAGUUCUGGUGCGUCCACACCAUUGCACUCUGCUGUUGGUGGCGGUGGUGCGUCGUCCGGCAUUAACUACUUGAAAUCAUUGCAACCAAUGGCAUUGAAUAUACCAUCACAAACUAAAGACUUUCUACAAACUGUUUUGUCCUGGAAUUUACUGCCUACCGACGCACCUGCAGCACCAUCAAUGAUUUUUGGUGCUCCACAUUUGGCCAGAUUAAUUGUGAAACUGCCGGAAUUUUUAAACGCCUCUUCAAUAAACGAUGAUAAACUUAAAGUUUUACUACAGCACCUGGAUACUUUCGUUAAUUACCUAGAAGCACGCAAAGAAUGGUUCAAUGAAGAUAAUUAUGCUCGCUCGAACGCAGCACGCAAGCGCGCGAAUUCCAGCGAAGGAGUAAAAUCAACUUUGACCGAUAUCAGUAAAGAAACGCUUGAUGCGAACUUGCAGCAAAUACCUACGACAACAGCAAUGAAUUCAACUGCGACGUCAACGGCGACACCAUCAGUAACGGCAGCAACUGGGACAGCAACGACAACAACAACAACCACUGCUGCAGCUAUUGCAACAUAAAAUUAUAAAAAUACAUAUGUAUAAAGAACGCACUCAAUAAAUAUAUACAGUUAGUGUCAAAU